AGUAAUUAUAAAAUAUUAAUAUUAUUAUUAUUGAAAAUGAUUACAUCUACACGCACAAGGCUUGGGUAUCCAAAACAAUUAAGACUAUUAAGUUCGGUUAGUAAACCUACCUUAUACACUCGUAGUCCCUUAGAUAUCAAAACCAAGGUUCGUCUGAGUGAAGAGCAAGUUCAAACAAAUGAUAACAGAUUUAUAACUCAUCCAACCUUCCCUCAUCCAGCUUGGACUAAUGAAGAGUGUGAUAUGGUUAAGUUUGAACAUCGGGUUCCUCGUACUUUUGGUGAUUCAAUUGCUUAUAAUGGUACCAUGUUUUUCAGAUCAUGUUUUGAUUUUGUCACUGGUUAUAAAAAACCCAAAAAUCAUCAAGAUUUAUUAGAUGGAUUUAAAGGUACUAGAUAUCAAAUGACCGAAGGUAAAUGGUUAACCAGGGUGCUAUUUUUAGAAUCAAUUGCUGCAGUUCCUGGUUCGGCAGCUGCUUGGAUUAGAACUUUGCAUUCGGUACGAAGAUUGCAAAGAGAUCAUGGUUGGAUUGAAACUUUAUUGGAUGAAGCUUAUAAUGAAAGAAUGCAUCUUUUAACUUUUGUUAAAAUUGGUAAUCCUUCUUGGUUCACUAAAACAUGUAUCUUUUUGGGUCAAGGGAUCUUCACUAAUGCUUUCUUUUUCAUGUACUUAUUUAAUCCAAAAUAUUGUCAUCGUUUCGUUGGUCAUUUAGAAGAAGAAGCAGUUAGUACUUACACCCAUUUAUUAGAAGAAAUCGAUUUGGGCCGUUUACCUAAAUUUGAUGAAGUUAAAAUCCCCCAAAUUGCUUAUGAAUAUUGGCCGGAAUUAAAUAAAGAUUCCUCUUUUAGAGAGUUGAUUGCUAGAAUAAGAGCUGAUGAAUCCAAACAUAGAGAAGUUAACCAUACUUUAGCCAACUUAGAUCAAAAAACUAAUAGAAACCCCUUCGUUUUACAGCUUCCAAACGUUAAAGGUCCUCAACCAAAUGGUGGAUUGAAAGAAGUUAAACCAACCGGUUGGGA